AUGCCAGAAGAUCCAAAGACCUAUCUGAAGCGGCCAAAUUCUAUGUCUGACGCUGAGGCUGUUCAGAAACCACCAAAAAGACCAAAGGUACAUUGUGCAGCACAGUCAUCUGCGACCAGCCUACCUAUCACCAAUGACGGCAGUGUAGCUUUGAAGACUAGCACUGAUGCACGUCUCCUUGCCUUACAGCAGCUUGUUCGCGACACCUUGGACAACUGCGACCUCACAGGUGCUGACUCGGAAGUUAUGAAAGCACUUUCAACCCUAGACGAAAAAUUGCUUCGGGCUCAAAAUCCACCGCUCAGUGCAUGUUCUACUGGGACUCGGCAGACUCCAAAGCGUCACAACUCUGAUCACGAUGUAUCCGGACUCAACGAAGCGUUCACGUCUGUGCUACCUUCAAUCAUGGAUGAGAAGCUGCGGACCGCUGUGUUUACUCAUCCAGCCCUCAGCAAUAAAAAUAACACGACUUAUGACCGGCUUGAGAUUCUUGGUGAUGCCUAUAUUGAGCUGAUUGCAACAAAGAUUGUUUGGGAAAGAUUUCCAGAUUUACCAUCUGGUCGAAUAUCACAGAUUCGGGAGAUUCUUGUCAAAAAUGAGACCCUCUCAAAGUUUGCGGAAACUUUUGGCUUCGACCGCAAGGUUGCUGUGCCUUUAAAUUACAAUAACUCGUCAAAGAGAUGGACAAAAACCAAAGGGGACGUAUUCGAGGCUUACGUUGCUGCAGUCAUUUUAUCAGAUCCGGUAAACGGGUAUCAAGUAGCUGAGCAUUGGCUGACCGAUUUAUGGAUGCCAUUCCUACAAAAUCUGGGGCGCCAGAAAGGCGGGUUGCGCUCCAAGGAGGCUCUCGCUAAGAAGAUCAUGGGCAGAAAUAUCAAGCUCGAAUAUCUUGAAGAACGCCCGUCCGUCCAACUGAAAGGUGGCACCCAAACCUUCUUUAUCGGGUUAUACCUCACUGGGUGGGGAUGGGAGAAAAGACAUCUAAGCUCUGGCCAAGGCUUGAGUAAAGCAGCUGCGGGUGAUGAAGCUGCAGAAAAUGCUCUGCUUGACAGUUCUUUGAUUUCUGAAAUAGUCUCGGUGAAAGAAUCUCAAGAAUCAAUAAUGUGA